AUGCUUGGCCAGGAAGACGUGCGCAAGGGUUUGGGGGUUCUUCUCAAGGGAGAAGGCAUUGGGUCAUACCCUCCCUGCUUCCCCCCCCCCCCCCCCCCCCCGGCUGCGGUCUCCAGCCUCAGCUCGCCCCAUACCACUCCUCGCCCUCCGCCCAUCCUGGGAGCCAGUGGCCUGUCCUGGAGCCGGUGGCCUGUCCUGGAGCCGGUGGCCUGUCCUGGAGCCGGUGGCCUGUCCUGGAGAGAGGGGCAGGAGUGGCUCUCGGACCCUUCCCCCUCGUCCCAAAGGGAUGCUGCCUUUCUCCGGACGCAAAAGGGCUCAGGCGUUCUCCGGUUCAGGAGGGAAGCAGGCACUUACAGGUGA